AUGACCCUGGUUAAUCCCAUCUCUCACCGCAGCGAGCUCGUGCUGAGCUUCUUUUUGGGGAGCUCCCUGGCCCUCUUCUUGGCCAUUGGGGUGCUGCUGGCGCUGCCUGAGAAGAGUCCCAAGACCUUCUCCGAGGCAUAUUUCUUGACGCCCAUCCCCGUCUUCCGAGUCGUCUUUUCCUAUCUCCUGAUUCUUUGGUGCAUGGGCGCUGUGGCCAAGAUUUGCGAUCAGUGGGAUGUGAACCAUCUGUUCAUACUGAACGUGGAUCCCCGCUGCCGUGUUACCCCCGAGUUCUUCUUUGCCCGAGCUGCAACCUUGACCACCAUUUGGAUUCUGAUUUUCGGAAUGUAUGUGGUGGACUACAAGUGGAAGGUUUUGCCAACCGUUUGGGCCAGCGAUGGAUUCAACAAGCGGUCAUCCUUCCAUUUUGUCUUCUAUCCGGUGGUGCUUUUGCUAUUGACUGUCCUCGGAACGCUGGCGCCAUCGACCAUUUGCAGAAAUCGGUACAAGCUGUCCGUACUCCAAUCCGUCAAGCGCACCGCCUUAGCUCCGGUGUAUUCGGUCGACUUUGCAGACAACAUGGUCGGUGACGUGUUGACCAGCAUUGCAAAGCCAAUCGAGGACGUGCCAGCGGCCGUGUGCUACCUGCUCUCGCACCAUCCGCAGGAGGAAGAGAUCGUCAAGCGCUUCAUUGCGUCAGGUGUUGGCCUUGUUAUCACUGAUGAUUUCAGCUCCUUGCUGAAGACCGUGAGCAAAGGGAAUCUUGGCAAGUACUUGUGCAGCCUUCUGGUCGUUAUUGUGUCCCGCACGGAGAACGUGAUGCUGUUGAUUGCUGUUUCAACAACAGCCACACUUUAUGCCUUCUUUUGGGACGUUGGAUUGGACUGGGGCCUCAGUUACAGAGAGUCCAGCGCUCAGAAAGCCCAAAGAUACCCAUACUGCGUCUUGCAAAGCGCCCGCAAGGCUGCUGCGCGCCUGCCCCUGCUUUCCACGCAAGAUGACGCCCCAGAGCAGGCAAAGAAGUGGUCAGUGUUGUCGGAUGAGUCAUUCCAGGAGAUUUCAGGCUAUAGCUUACUGGCUGUGCAGCUUGCUGGACAUCUUCGCGAGAUCAACAUGGGCUUGGGCCUGAUGAGGGGCUAUGCAUCAGCCAGCGAGUUCAGUCAAGUGUUCACCUUGAUGCCAACUAGCGUUGUCACUGGCACCUUGGCAAGACAAGCGGGGAAUGCUGUAGGCCCGCUGUCAGCAAAGGCACGUAAGGGUUCAACUUCUUUAGCUGUGCAGCCAUCUGUAGGCUUCAGAUCUGGUGGUUCUGAGGGUUGGAGACGUGUCAAGGCCUGCAGGACUCGAAGAAUGUUGUCGACAACUGACUGCUCAUGA